CAUUUCUUAUUUAUUCAUUUAUUUGAUUAUUUAAAGUGAUACGUUACGAGAAAAGACCACAAUGGGUGCAAUUUAUUCAAGAGAAAAGAGAGACUCUUCAGCAGACUUUGAACAAGUCUUAUCCAAAUUAGAUACAGAUAUCAGAAAGGUGGAAACACGUUUAAGUGAAAUCAAAAUCAAGCAAAGAAAGGCGAGCUUCUUGUGGGUUAUUUAUUCGAUUGUGAUUUGGAUUUUGUGUGUGCUUUAUUUGUUUUAUUUGUUUUUGAAUGAAAUAACACAAAGAGACAUCAUCUAUGGAGGGAUACCAGCCAUUCUACUGCCUAUUGGAAAGCUCAUUGUUUGGUGGUACGAUCAAAGAACAAAGAAAGAGGAAUUGAAGCUGGCCACAUUACGUAAAGAACAAAAGGAUAAACUGGAAGAUUUAAAGAAAAAGACGAGCUAUUAUACCACACAGUCGUUGAUAGAAAAAUACGAUGAAAGUAUUGCCAAGAAGAAGAAGGAGUUGGAAGCACUAGAAUUACAACAGAACAAACAAAAACCAGUGUCUUUGCCAGCCAAUAUGGGCAAACAGCAACCAUUUCCACAUAAACAUCAUCUUCGUCAUCCUCAUCUACCUCACCAUGCGCCGAACGCUAAUACGAUCAAUAGAAAUAUACCAUCACAAUCAGUCAAUACCCCUCUUACCUUACCUCCCUCUCCUCCUUAUCCACAACAACAACAACAACAACAACAACUUCAUUCUCAACAACAACAGCAAGAAGUGCAUUGGUAUGACAAGAUUGUCGAUGCAUUAGUGGGUGAUAUUGGUCCAGAGUCCAAAUAUGCUUUGAUCUGUAGUCAUUGCUAUUCUCACAAUGGCUUGGUCUUUAAGGAAGAGCAUGAUACAAUUCAAUAUAUCUGUCCGGUUUGUAAACAGUUCAACCCAUCACGUAAAUCGAAACAACAACAAAUGUCUAGCCAAAUGGCUGCUGCUGCUGCUGCCGCUGCCGCUGUGGAUACAGAGUCACCAUCAAAGAAAGAUGCUAAGGAUGUGAGCGCAAAGGAGAAGGAUAUAGAUAGUAGUAGUGUGGACGAAGAGAAAGAAGAAGAAGAAGACGACGAUGAGGCGGUGCUUGCGAAGAUGAAAGCAGAAUAUUUAAAGGAUGAUACAUCUGGUUCGAGCAUUGGGUCGCGUGUUAGACAGCGUCGCCAAGUUGAAAAUCAAGAAAACAGUGAUUAAAGGGAUAGAGUAUUGAUAAAUAAAAGCAAUAGCUAUACUUUUUUUUUUUUUCUUUAUUCAAGCAAUGGUAAAAAAAAAGGGGCGGGGGUGUUCGUUGGCUAUGAUAGCCAUAAAAAACAUGUAUUCUUCUAAUGACAUUGAAUGGAACGGCUGGCUGAUAAUUUGCCAUUACCAAAGACAAAAUGACCAAAGCCAGCUCCAAGGACAGUAGCGAGCAUUAAAUAGCCAUUAUAAGUCAUAAACACCAACAUGAGCCAGAAACUGACACCGACCAAGGAAGCAUA